AUGUCUCUUGGAACACUUGCUCUUGGAACCCAGCUACCAUGUUUUGAGAAAACUCGAGCAUCCCAAUGGAGAGGCCCAAGCAUCCUUUUGGAGAGGCCCACAGGCUUCAGCCUUAUUUCCCAGCUGAGCUACCAGCCAACAGCCAGCACCAACUUGCUAGCCAUGGAGGACGUCAUCUUGGAAAUGGAUCCACCGGCCCCAGUCAAAGUGCACCAGCUGCAUCAUGUGGUGGACACACUUGACAUCAGUUCUAUCAGGGACACACGGAUGGGCCGUUACGCCCGCCUGCCCAAGGACCCUAAGAUCCGGGAAGUGCUGGGUUUUGGGGGCCCCGAUGCCCGGCUGGAGGAGAAGCUGAUGACGGUGGUAGCUGGGCCAGACCCGGUGAACACAACAUUUUUGAACUUCAUGGCGGUGCAGGAUGACACAGCCAAGGUCUGGUCUGAGGAGCUGUUCAAGCUGGCUAUGAACAUCCUGGCCCAGAAUGCCUCCCGGAACACCUUCCUGCGCAAAGCAUACACGAAGCUCAAGCUGCAGGUGAACCAGGAUGGACGGAUCCCAGUCAAGAACAUCCUGAAGAUGUUUUCAGCAGACAAGAAACGGGUGGAGACCGCGCUGGAGUCCUGUGGCCUCAAUUUCAACCGGAGUGAGUCCAUUCGCCCUGAUGAGUUUUCCUUAGAAAUCUUCGAGCGUCUCCUGAACAAGUUGUGUCUUCGGCCAGACAUUGACAAGAUCCUGCUGGAGAUAGGUGCCAAGGGCAAGCCGUACCUGACGCUGGAACAGCUUAUGGACUUCAUCAACCAGAAGCAACGGGACCCGAGACUCAACGAAGUGCUGUACCCACCCCUGCGGCCCUCCCAGGCCCGGCUGCUCAUUGAGAAGUACGAGCCCAACCAGCAGUUCCUGGAGCGAGACCAGAUGUCCAUGGAGGGCUUCAGCCGCUACCUGGGAGGGGAAGAGAAUGGCAUCCUGCCCCUGGAAGCCCUGGACCUGAGUGCAGACAUGACCCAGCCGCUGAGUGCCUACUUCAUCAACUCCUCGCACAACACCUAUCUCACGGCGGGACAGCUGGCUGGGACCUCGUCGGUGGAGAUGUACCGCCAGGCGCUGCUGUGGGGCUGCCGCUGCGUGGAGCUAGAGUGGAAGGGGCGGCCGCCCGAGGAGGAGCCCUUCAUCACCCACGGCUUCACCAUGACCACCGAGGUGCCCCUGCGUGACGUGCUCAAGGCCAUUGCAGAGACCGCCUUCAAGACCUCGCCUUACCCCGUCAUCCUCUCCUUCGAGAACCACGUGGACUCGGCGAAGCAGCAGGCCAAGAUGGCUGAGUACUGCCGCUCCAUCUUUGGGGACGCGCUGCUCAUCGACCCCCUGGACAAGUACCCGCUGGCCCCAGGCAUCCCCCUGCCCAGCCCCCAGGACCUGAUGGGCCGCAUCCUGGUGAAGAACAAGAAGCGGCACCGGCCCAGCGCGGGCGUCCCCAGCAGCUGCGUGCGCAAGCGGCCGCUGGAGCAGAGCAACUCGGUGCUGAGCGAGAGCUCCGCCGCCACCGAACCCUCCUCCCCGCAGCUCGGGUCCCCCAGCUCUGACAGCUGCCCAGGCCUGAGCAAUGGGGAGGAGGUGGGGCUGGAGAAGCCCAGCCUGGAGCCUCGGAAGUCUCUGGGUGAGGAGGGCCCAAACCGGGGUCCCGAUGCUCUGGGACCUGCUGACCGUGAGGAUGAGGAGGAAGACGAGGAAGAGGAGGAGCAGACAGACCCCAAAAAGCCGACCACGGAUGAGGGCACAGCCAGCAGUGAGGUCAAUGCCACUGAGGAGAUGUCGACACUCGUCAACUACAUUGAGCCUGUCAAGUUCAAGUCCUUCGAAGCUGCUCGAAAGAGGAACAAGUGCUUUGAGAUGUCAUCCUUCGUGGAGACCAAGGCCAUGGAGCAGCUGACCAAGAGCCCCAUGGAGUUUGUGGAGUACAACAAGCAGCAGCUCAGCCGCAUCUACCCCAAGGGCACCCGUGUGGACUCCUCCAACUACAUGCCCCAGCUCUUCUGGAAUGUAGGCUGCCAGCUUGUCGCACUCAACUUCCAGACCCUGGAUGUGGCGAUGCAGCUUAAUGCAGGCGUGUUUGAGUACAAUGGGCGCAGUGGGUACCUGCUCAAGUCCGAGUUCAUGCGGCGGCCGGACAAGUCCAGGCAGAAAGGCUAG